AGAGAGAGAAUAAAAAUGGGUUGCUGUUAUUCAAGAGUAGAGAGAGAAGAGAUGGUGUCAAGAUGCAAAGCUAGACAGAGGUACAUGAAACAGUUUGUAAAGGCCAGACAAGCCUUCUCUGUAUCACACAGUAUGUAUCUAAGGUCACUCCGAAGUACAGGCUCUGCUCUGCUUCAGUUCGCCACCGCCGAAACCACCCUCCACCACCAGUUCCACCACCUCCAACACCACCACCUCCCACCGCUCCCCCCUUCACCGCCGCCUCAACCCCCAACCCCACCGCCGCCACCUCCAAUGAGCCCAACCUCCGACACCUGGACUACCUCAACCACCACCUCCACCGUCCUGCCGCCGCCGCCUCCCCCCCCUCCGCCGCCGUCAAGUUGGGAUUUCUGGGACCCAUUUGUGCCGUGUUCCUCUAGAUCAGUUACAGAGGAGGAGUGGGAAAUGACAACCAUCGCGUCGGAGGUGGCCGUCAACAACACCGCCACCACCGUUGGGGCUGCGAAAAAGACGGCUCCGCCGUCUGUGAUCAGUGGGUUUUCAAAGGACACCACAAAUGAGCUUGCUAUGGUGGUCUCUACUAAAAGUAAAGAUCUAGAUGAGAUCAUCAGAGAGCUUGAUGAGUACUUUCUCAAGGCAGCUGAUGCUGGAAGCCAACUCGCAUCCGUAUUAGAAGUUUCUUCUUCUAGAUUUUCUGAUCAAAGUUCAUCAGGUAGUGUUUAUGGCUAUGGGAAGAAUUUGAGUCCAUUGUUAUGGACGACAUGGGGUUCGAGUCCGAAAUCGAAUGCGUUUGUGAGGAUGACUGAGGAAAUGGCAGGAGAUAAUAUAAGUGGCAUUAGUGGCAGUCACUGUUCUACAGUUGAGAGGCUCCAUGCUUGGGAGAAGAAACUAUACCUUGAGGUCAAGAAUGCUGAGACAUUGAAGAUGGAGCAUGAAAAGAGGGCAGCUCAGCUAAGGAAGCUAGAACUGAAGAGGGCUGAUUAUGUGAAGACAGAGAAAACUAAGAAAGAGGUUGAGAAAUUGGAAUCAAGAAUGGUGGUUGCUUCGCAGGGCAUUGAGACCACCUCUGCUGAAAUCAUCAAAUUGAGGGAAUCAGAGCUCUACCCACAACUUGUUGAGCUUGUAAACGGAUUGAUGUGCAUGUGGAGAGGCAUGUACGAGUGCCACCAGGUCCAAACACACAUAGUUCAGCAGCUCAAGUAUCUCAACAUCAUUCCAUCUAUUCAACCCACAUCUGAAAUUCACCGCCAAUCAACUCUCCAAUUAGAGCUCGAAGUCCAGCAAUGGCACCACUCCUUCUGCAACCUAGUGAAGUCCCAGCGAGACUACAUCCAAUCCCUCACAGGCUGGCUCCGGCUUAGCCUCUUCCAAUUCAGCACCAACCCACUACACAAAACCAGACAAGACUCUGCAAUUUACUCCCUUUGUGAAGAAUGGAACCUUGCAGUUGACCGUCUUCCAGAUAAAGUGGCAUCAGACGGGAUCAAGGGCUUCUUAACAGCAAUCCACGCCAUUGUAGUUCAACAGGCCGAAGAGCAAAAGCAGAAAAAGAAGUCGGAAUCAGCAUUUAAAGAGCUCGAGAAGAGGUUGGUUGAACUCAGAUCGCUGGAAUCCAAGUAUGGCCCAUAUUUAGUGUCUGAAGCCUCGAGCAGUACUAGAAGGAAGGACCCGAUUCAGGAGAAGCAAGCCAAGGUCGAUAUUUUGAAGGCAAAGGCAGAGGACGAGAAGGCUAAGCAUGAAAAUCUAGUGAGUGUAACGAGGGCAAUGACACUGAACAACCUACAGAUGGGGAUGCCGAAUGUCUUUCAAGCUGUGACCGGAUUUGCCAGCGUGUGCAUGAAUGCAUAUGGAUUGGUAUAUAACCAGGCCAAAGGUACUGAUGAGAUGCAGGAACAGGAUUAUGUGCCAACUGUAUUUGACAAUUUUAGUGCAAAUGUGGUCGUCAAUGGGAGUACUGUUAACCUGGGAUUGUGGGAUACUGCUGGACAGGAGGAUUACAACAGAUUAAGACCUUUGAGUUACCGUGGGGCAGAUGUUUUCAUUCUUGCUUUCUCACUCAUUAGCAAGGCCAGUUAUGAAAAUGUUUCUAAGAAGUGGAUUCCUGAGUUGAAGCAUUAUGCCCCAGGCGUCCCCAUAGUUCUUGUUGGAACAAAACUUGAUUUGCGGGAUGAUAAGCAGUUCUUUAUAGACCAUCCUGGUGCUGUGCCAAUUACAACAGCUCAGGGAGAGGAGUUAAGGAAGCUGAUUGGUGCACCUUCUUACAUUGAAUGCAGUUCUAAAACACAGCAGAAUGUGAAGGGUGUUUUUGAUGCUGCCAUCAAAGUUGUACUCCAGCCACCAAAGCAGAAGAAAAAGAAGAGCAAGGCACAGAAGGCCUGCUCUAUAUUGUGAUCAAGAUUAGGCCUGCUCCAUCCAUUCUAAUCGUCGAAUCGUUUUCUCCUCCCUUUGUCGUAGAGGAAGCAGGAGUCCUGGUAUUUAGUCUCCAGUGACAGUACUUGGGAUCUCUGUAGAAUGUGAGGUGGCUUGUUAUUGUGUAUUGUUGCCAUUUCUAUUUGUUGAGCCACUUUAUUUUGUAGCCCAUCUCAGUCUCACUGCACGGUUUUGAUUUGCUUUAUGUACUAAUAGACCAGAAAAUCCCAAUUAGGAAACAAAGUUUGUGUUAUAACGAUGCAAUUAUAUUCAUUACUUUGUAUCCUGAUUGAAAGACUUGAUUAUGUUUGGGAUGCUAUUUUAACUGUGUAAUCGGACGAAGAAUUGUAUUUUAAAUGAAUUAUCCAGAUGCUCGUUAA